GAGAGUUCGUCCUGCCGGAAAGCAGCACGCCCCUGCGGCAAUUUACGACGUCGGCGGUGAAAGGCUCUGGAAAUUCGCCGACCUCCUCCCUACAGCGGGGCGAAAGCCAGCGAGAUGUUCGGUGCGAGCGACGAAGACGACACCGACUUCCUCUCGCCUAGCGGCGGUGCCAGAUUGGCUUCUCUUUUUGGACCAGAUCAGGCAGUUGCUGGCCAUGGAAAUGAGUUCUUCCAGUAUACAGCCCCAAAGCAGCCUAAGAAAGGCCAGGGCACAGUAUCAACAGGAAAUCAGGUGACACCAAAAACAGCACCCACCACAACAGGCACAUCCACAGUAUUGGUUGCAAUAGCAGUCCACGCAUAUCGUUACACAAAUGGUCAGUAUGUAAAGCAGGGCAAAUUUGGUGCUGCAGUCCUGGGAAAUCACACAGCCAGAGAGUAUAGGAUCCUUCUGUAUAUCAGUCAACAACAGCCAGUUACUGUUGCCAGAAUUCAUCUGAACUUUGAGCUAAUGGUUCGGCCCAAUAACUAUAGCACCUUUUAUGAUGACCAGAGACAAAACUGGUCCAUCAUGUUUGAGUCAGAAAAGGCUGCUGUGGAGUUCAAUAAACAGGUAUGCAUUGCCAAGUGCAACAGCACCUCUUCCCUGGAUUCAGUGCUGUCACAGGACCUUGUCGUAACAGAGGGCCCUGCAGUAGAAGUUGGAGAUUCUUUGGAAGUAGCCUAUACCAGCUGGGUCUUUCAGAAUCACACGCUGGGCCAGGUUCUUGACUCCACUGCUAACAAAGAUAAGCUGCUUCGCCUGAAGUUAGGAUCAGGAAAAGUCAUCAAGGGCUGGGAGGAUGGAAUGGUAGGCAUGAAAAAAGGAGGGAAGCGGUUGCUUUUCAUCCCUCCAGCCUGUGCUGCUGGGUCUGAAGGAGUAAUAGGAUGGUCUCACUCAACAGACUCCAUCCUGGUGUUCGAGGUGGAGAUUAGGCGGGUCAAAUUUGCUAGAGAUGCCGGCUCUGAUGGGCACAGUGUUAGUUCCCGGGAUUCUGCAGCCCCUUCUCCUGUACCUGGUGUUGACAGCGUCUCUGCUGAUCCUGUUGUGUCACCGUCCACUUCGGUGCCUUUCAAAUCAGGGGAGUCAGCUCUUCGUUCCAAAUCUAACUCCCUCAGUGAACAGCUUACAAUGAAUACAAAUCCUGAUACAGUCAAGGCCAAGUUGAUCUCUCGGAUGGCUAAAAUGGGCCAGCCCAUGCUGCCCAUUCUUCCACCACAGCUGGAUUCCAAUGAUUCCGAAAUUGAAGACGUGAAUGCUCUUCGAGGAGCUGGGCAGCCCUUGGGGACUCUGCCCAUUCAGCCCUCUCUUCAGCCAGCCCACCCAGCGCUACCACAGAUGACCUCACAAGCACCUCAGCCAUCUGUUUCUGGGCUUCAAACGCCGUCUGCUGCCUUAAUGCAAGUUGCAUCACUUGAUUCCCACUCUGCUGUAUCUGGAAAUGCCCAGUCCUUUCAGCCCUAUGCAGGUAUGCAAGCCUACGCUUAUCCCCAGGCCCCAGCUGUCACUUCCCAGCUGCAGCCCGUUCGGCCCUUGUAUCCAGCACCACUCUCUCAGUCUCCCCACUUUCAAGGAUCAGGUGACGUGGCUUCAUUUCUCAUGACUGAAGCCCGGCAGCACAACACUGAAAUUCGAAUGGCAGUCAGCAAAGUGGCUGAUAAAAUGGAUCAUCUCAUGACUAAGGUUGAAGAAUUGCAGAAACAUAGUGCUGGCAAUUCCCUGCUCCUUCCUGGCAUGUCAGUGACAAUGGAAACAAGCAUGAUCAUGAGCAACAUCCAGCGAAUUAUUCAGGAAAAUGAAAGAUUGAAGCAAGAGAUCCUUGAAAAGAGCAGUCGGAUAGAAGAACAGAAUGACAAGAUUAGUGAACUGAUUGAACGAAAUCAGAGGUAUGUUGAGCAGAGUAAUCUGAUGAUGGAGAAGAGGAACACCUCGCUGCAGACAGCCACAGAAAACACACAGGCAAGAGUAUUGCAUGCUGAGCAAGAGAAGGCCAAGGUGACGGAAGAGUUAGCAGCAGCCACUGCACAGGUCUCUCAUCUGCAGCUAAAAGUGGCCGCCCACCAAAAGAAGGAAACAGAGCUGCAGAUGCAGCUGACAGAAAGCAUGAAGGAUACAGACCUCCUCAGGAGCCAGCUUGCCAAAGUGCAGGCAGAGCUCUCAGAGCUCCAAGAAACCUCUGAGCAAGCACAGUCCAAAUUCAAGAGUGAAAAGCAAAGCCGGAGACAACUGGAACUCAGGGUGACAUCCCUGGAGGAGGAGCUGACUGACCUUCGAGCUGAGAAGGAGUCUUUGGAAAAGAACCUCUCAGAAAGGAAAAAGAAGUCAGCUCAAGAGCGCUGUCAGGCUGAGGAGGAAAUAGAUGAAAUUCGCAAGUCGCACCAGGAGGAAUUGGACAAACUUCGACAGCUCCUGAAAAAGGCUCGGGUGUCCACAGACCAAGCAGCUGCAGAGCAGCUGUCUCUAGUGCAGGCUGAGCUUCAGAGCCAGUGGGAAGCCAAGUGUGAACAUCUGUUGGCCUCUGCCAAGGAUGAACACCUGCAGCAGUACCAGGAGGUGUGUGCCCAGAGAGAUGCCAGCCAGCAGAAGCUGCUCCAGCUGGAGGCAAAGUGUUCAGCCCUCCAGGCCCAAGUCACAGCCCUGAAAGAGCAGAAUGCACAGCACCUCAAGGACCUGGAGAACAAGCCCCAGGUGUCUGGAGUGGAAGCUGCCACUGCUGACCCCUCAGAGAAGGUCAAGAAGAUCAUGAACCAAGUGUUUCAUUGCUUGCGGGGGGAGUUUGAGCUGGAGGAAUCUUACAAUGGCAGGACCAUUCUGGGGGCCAUCAUGAGCACCAUCAAGAUGGUGACUCUCGAGCUGUUAGACCAACAUGAGCGAGAGAAGGGAGAGAGCAGCAAUGAAGAAGAGGAAGAAGAGGAGCGACCUCGGAGCCCUGCCCUGGAGCCAUCCGUCUCAGUCAGUGCUAGGCAGUCUCAGGCACCCUCGCACAGGGAGAGGCAGGAGCCCCCCACGGUGCCGACAGAGCAGGUGGUCCAGGAAGCUGCCGCUCUGCCUCCUCAGGCCCUCCCGACUCCCCAGGAUGAUGUGCAGGGGAGGGAUGGGGAGCCCUCAGAAGCAGAGGCCCUCUCAGAGAUAAAAGAAGAUGCCUCCCCUUCUGAACCAGCUUGCCUCGCCUCCCAAAGAGCCCUGAGACCCCCGACUUCAAUUCCCCCCAAGCCUCCGGGCCCUGUAACUGUGGACUCUGAGUGUGAGGAGGCCCUCGCUCCCGGCUCCUUGGGAGGUGCCUUUGUCGGGGAGCAAGAAAGCUCCAGGAGACUAUCCCUGACUUUAGACUCCAAAAAGGGGGACCCACUGGCCUUGGGGCCUGAAAGUCCAGAAGGAGAGCCUCGGGCUCCAGAGCUCAAGAAUGAGGAGGGUGUUACUAGCACCCCUGCUCCCUCCCAGGAGCCCUGCAGCCCAGAGGCAGCUUCUUCAGCCGUAGGAACAACAGCUGGAUCCAGCCACUGUUCUCAGCAGCCCAGUCUCUGUGAAGAUGAAGACGACGAACUGUUUAAAGGGGCAACUCUGAAAGUUGCGAGCCCCAAAGCACAGGCUGAGGAGGAGGAUGACGACGAGGUGAGCAUGAAGGGACGCCCGCCCCCAACACCCCUUUUUGGAGAUGAUGACGAUGACGAUGACAUUGACUGGCUGGCAUGAAGACCCAGGAAACCGGUGCAAAGGUUUCUCUGCCGACCCUUCCCUGAGCAUGAUUUUGCACAGCCAGCCCCGGGUCUAGACAAGCCCCAGGGUGAGGUGAAGGUGAGCUUUCUGAGGACAGUAAUUCAGAUAUCCGAGUUAGCCAGCCUCUGAGCCCCUGCCUGGCCGGCAGAAGAGGAGUGAGAUCCUGUCUUCAGAACGCCGGGUGGUCAGCAGCCCACCGUGGUCCUGCCUCAGUGCCCCGUGGAGGAAGGGCUGGGGGCGCCCCCGCCAGCCAGUCCCUGCGAGAGUCCUGCCCUCUCCCAAGCUUUUAUUCUCUUAACUCGUGGACUGAUCUGCCUCUCAAUGCUCGACUGUGUCUCAGCCACAGGAUUGUCACCUGGGGUGAGGUCUCCCCAGUAGAACCGAGGGUGGAUUAUACUGUCCAAGCCAGGAUGACUUAACAGCCUUGCCUGCAGUCCUGAGACGUCUUGUCUUUUUUCCUGCCUUAAAUCUAAGAGGUCAAUGAAUAUUUGAAAUUAACAAAACUAAAAUAAAUGUCUUCGGUGAAAGUUAACUCAA